GGUCAACAUCUGUUGGUCGAUAUAGAAAAUGUCGAUGCCUCAUUUUUGAACUCUGCUCAUCAAUUGGCUUUUGCUAUGGUGGAUGUAAUUGAAAUGAGUGGUUUGACUCUUUUGUCCUACCAUUGCCAUGGACUUGAACCUAUCGGAGUAAGCUGUGUCGGAGUCCUACUGGAAAGCCACGUCUCCUUCCAUACAUGGCCAAUUGAAGGUGUGAUUACACUGGACCUCUUCACGUGCGGU